AUGGCAAAAAACGUGAUGAUUAUCGGCGGCGGGGGACGGGAGCAUGCCCUAGCCGAUUCACUUUCCAGAAGUUCCUCCAUUGAUAGGAUCUGGUGCGUCCCCGGCAAUGCAGGAACCGCUGAGAUGCCAAGAUGCCGGAACAUCCCCUUAAACCACCGUUCCGAUAUCACUGAAUUGGCCCGUUUGAAGAGGGUCAAUCUUGUGAUUCCCGGACCGGAAGCCCCUCUGGCCGCCGGGAUAGUAGAUGAUUUGAAUAGAGCCGGGAUUCCGGCCUUCGGUCCUACAAGGUUUUCGGCACGGUUGGAAGCCUCCAAAGGCUUUGCCAAAGACUUCAUGACCCGCAACGGCGUAUCCACUGGAUCAUACAAACGAUUUACAAACCCCCAUGAGGCCAAGGCGGAACUUGGUAGAUUUGGUUUUCCGGUUGUCGUGAAAGCCGAUGGUCUGGCAGCUGGCAAGGGUGUAUUGAUUUGUCAGGAUGACCAGGAG